AUGGAUUGCAAGUGCUGCUCAACCAAUGUGCUCUGGUUGUGGCCCGUGUCCGGCAGCCUGACAUCUUGCACAUUGUUGUUGGAUGUGCCAAUUUCAUACAUGCAGCCUUCCUCACCUUUGAUGAUAUCGUCAAAUGUGUUCGUCGGAGGUGGCUGGCUACCUCUCCGCAGAAACCACGAAGCAGAGACUAGAUACGGGCAUUGGGCAUGCACUGGCAAAGUCUGGGCAAUGAAUUCCGGUGACAUCCCUCGUGUUCCAACGGCGGAAGAGGUUUCCCAUCAAAGGCGGUUCCGCUGCACCUACAUGCGGUCCACAUUCACAGCCUUGGAGGAGGAAGUUGACAUCCCCAACAAAGUCUUCCAUGCCGACCCAGGGGCCAAGUCCUUUAUGUCUUCUGGCGAAGCAGUGUGGUGCUUCUUCCAAGAUUUCCUUUUCCCUCAUCUUCGGGCAAACGGUGUGCAAACAUGCAGUGACAACCUGGAGUACAUGAGGAAAGGCACGAGCAUGCACAAAGAUACCCACUGGUUGCUGAGGAAGAUGAACCGCACCACUGACUGCAUCCAUCCAGACACAGCCCAAGGCCUUGAAGCCCAGAAUGAAAGACCUGGUGAAGCUCCUGCGGCGACUUUGCCUGAGCGCAUUGUCCGGGAGACUCACGCCUCCAUCCACGCCCAAUUCUUCUCCGCAGCAGACAUCAACCGGAUUGUUGUGCCUUCCAAUCCGGGCUCUGCUCCUCCAAGACGGCCUGGGAAGAAACUACGGGUGGAAUAUUUGAAGGAUUCUUUGCAGCAGUUUCCUCACUUGAUCCGCUUGGUCGACGGUCUCCAACGUGCAGGAGCCCCCUUGGACCGCUUUGAGCGCUGGUGCCUUGAUGCUGACAGUUGGCACCAGUGCCUCCAAACAUGCCUAGAAAGCCAGAACAUCCCGGAAGUGGUUGGAACAUGGAAUGAUUGGCUCUGGCCCAGCGCUGCGGAAGCUUCAGCCUACAACACCGAUGAGACACCAGGGUUUCCCCGAGGAGACGCUUGGGAAGUUUCCUGCCGGAUGGAUGUUGCUGGCUUGAAAGAGUUUGCGGAGAUGGUCCCUGGUGAUAAAGGAGAACACGCACGCCUACUUGCAGAGCUUUGUGAAAGAGAAGGCACAAUCGAGGGUGACGUGACCAUCCUUUCCACAUUGGGGCACCAGAAGAAAGUCGCUGGCGCAUCCUUGGGGCGUGUUUUCUUCCCCUGGAUCAGCUUUCCAAAUUUGUCUCGUUCCGCCCGAGACUUUGGAAGCCCGCCUGGAACCAAGGAGUUUGAUAUGCCCAAUGCAGUGGUUCACUUUGCAUUGGUCUGGGCAAAGGAAUAUGGGCUCGACCUGCCUUGCUUCCAACGCUACCAUGCAAACAAAGGGACAUGGCGGAAGAUCGUCAUGCAGUGGUUUGCCCUUGCCGAGCAGGAUGCAAAGAAGGCCCUGUUGCAGGCUUGCUUUGGUUUUGCUUUCCCAUCGCGUGCGAGUGGCAAACCUGUGAUUUGCCCAUUGCUUGAAGGCUUAGCAGCAGAUGCCAUGAGGCUGAGGGCCACCAUGUGCGAAAGGCACCCUAGCUUGCUGGCAGCCAUGCGGGCAGCUGGCCGACCGAGACCAGAGACUUCCACCAUGGCUUUCCUGCUCUUUGACAAGGAAAACCAGACCAUGCAAGCAUUCUGCAAAUUACUGCCAAAGUAUGGGUUUGCUUUGGUUGCACCUGUCUUUGAUGCAGUGCUGGCCGUGCCACAGAGCAGAACAGAGGAAGAUGGCACUGAGAGGGCGCCAAAUCAAGAUGCUUUGCUCAAUGAUUCUCGCGACAGCACAGGAAUCACGAUGCAGGUCAAAACAUUGAGCCGCACCAGGCCACAGGCGACUGUGCCGAACAUAUUGCGCGAACUCUUGUCCAACAACAUGGCCAUCCGUAUGGACCCGGUCCAGCGCCUACCUGGGCGCUUCUCAUGCAUUGGCACUGCUCUCCUGAACCUGUUUCCAGACGAAGCCAAUGGUAUCAAAGAAGCAACCUCCAAUUUGAGCAGCCCGAUCUCCUACCACCACACCAUGGAGAUUUGCCCCAAUGUUCUCAUUGAACCAACUUCGUUCGAUCAAGCCACUCAAAGCGGUGACGGGACAUGUUUCCUGGUCCAUGCGUCAAACACUUGGGAUGCUGACGUUGGUCAUGCAUAUGGUGUGAAAAUGGUGGAGGCUACCGCCCAGAUCUACACCUCGACAGAGGAGGAGUACAUCCAAACCAACAUGCAAUUGCUCUGGCAGAAGCUAGCAAAGACACCAGGCACGUACAUCUUCAAAAUCUCCAUUAUCAGUCAGAAUGGGGAACCACAGGCCAAGCGUCGCAAAAAAGAUGCGGCGUCGACGACUUCAGUUGAACUUCUUUUGAAAGCCGGUGUGGUGGAGGCCGAGGAGACUUUGCGCCCGGUCAUGCCACAAGUUCGAGAGCGCAUGUCUAAGGAGGUUUCCCAGGAACUUGCCCGUCCCAAGCUUAGUUACCACAGUUGCAAGGUCAACAGCGUCCAUGAUACUCCAUGA